AUGACAAAUUCACGGCACAUACUCUGCUGCAUACCAUUCGCAUGGCUGUUUGUAGCCGCCAUAGCAGCAUACUGUCUAUUCUCGUGGGAUACCCCAAAAAGAGAACAACUUUCACUCCGUGGCAACUUUCUUCACAUCACAGAUAUACAUCCUGAUCCAUACUACAGAACAAAUGCAACCGCCCGUUCAUCAUGUCAUCGAAUAGCCUUGCAAACUGCGAAAAAGCCAAAACACAUGAAAAAAGGAACGGCUGGUCCAUGGGGUGCACCUGGUACUAUAUGUGAUUCACCUAUGGAAUUGGUAGAUACUACGUUCGAUUGGUUAAAGGAAAACUGGAGUGACGGGCUAGAUUUCAUUAUAUGGACAGGGGAUAACGCAAGGCAUGAUAACGACGACUCGGCUCCUCGUAAAGAAAAACAAAUUAUCGAUCUUAAUCGUCUAAUAACAGAUAAAUUCAUUCGAACCUUUGCCCCUAAAAAACAUGGCAAGCCCGACUACUCCAAAAUGACACCCAUCAUUCCCUGCAUUGGCAACAAUGACGUCUACCCAACAAACGUCAUCUCGGCCGGACCAAAUUUCAUGCUCGACUCUUUGGCCGACCUGUGGGCUCCAUUCAUUCCCAAGGCGCAAAUGCGAUUUUUCCGACGCGGAGGUUACUUUGUCAAAGAAGUUAUACCAAACAAACUAGUCGUGAUAUCAUUAAACACAUUAUAUUUCUUCAAGGCGAAUUCCGUUGUGCAUGGAUGCAAAGCGGUUGGGGAACCGGGGAAAGAUCAUAUGGUGUGGUUGGACAAUGUGUUGAAAAGAACUAGGAAAAGAGGCAUGAAAGCGUAUUUGGUUGGACACAUCGCCCCAAGAAGAAAGCACUAUACUCCAACUUGUUAUAAGCAGUAUGUAAAAAUAGCAUACAAAUACCACGAUAUAAUAUUGGGACAUUUCUUUGGACAUUCCAAUAUGGAUCACUUUUUCUUUAUUUCCCCCAAGAGAAAAAGAAGAACCAUGGACCAUGAAGAUAUGAUUGAGAACGAAAUAGAAGAUGAGAUUGAAGACGAGAUGGCCGAUGACGACGAGCAUCCAACAAAAAAUACAAGCCACGAACUCCUCGAUUUCCCGUUCUCUGUUCCCGAGAAUAAUACGUCUGUCUCUGCUUUCACAGACAAGGUCUCCACAACAGUGUACAAUCUCAACCACUACAUUCAUCGUCUAUUUCGGCAUUAUGAAACCGUCCCCUCAGCUCGGCGAGUUCGAGAUGGUGAUUACGCCGUUAUUCAUAUAAAUCCUUCAAUUAUCCCAACAUUUUUCCCGGCUUUGAGAAUAUUCCAAUAUAAUACAACGAAGUUGAAUACAAAGGAAGAAGAAACUGCAGAGAAAGUAAUAGAUUUUCAUACAAAUAUGUAUGAUGAAGUCAUAGAGGAAAAUCAGGAGAAUAAAGUUGAGGAUGAAUAUGAUGGUUCAAGCGACGCCGACAAUUGGGAUGACGAAGACGAUGACGAAGACGAAUUGUCCGACGUUACCCCUAACAUCUCCGCCCAACCUUCUAACAAUGCCACCCGCUCCCGCCCGCACGACCCACAAUCACCAGUACAUUCAAACACCUUCCUUUCUCUACUCGGAUACGCUCAGUACUACAUCAAUCUAACAAAGGCUAACGAAAAUCCCCGCGUGCGCCCACGGUAUGAAAUAGAAUAUACGACAAGACACGACUAUAACAUGGACGACUUGACUGUGCAUAGUUGGAUACAGCUGGCAAGAAAAGUUGCACGGAAUGGAAUGAAAAGUAAAUUAGGGAGAAAAGUUCUUAACCAUCUAAUUGUUGGAACAAGGAGUGUGGUUAAGGAGAGGGCUGCUGAGGGAGAAUUGUAUCUCGAGGGGAAUGCAGGUGUUAAGGGGCCCGGAGAUUAUUUGAGAGAAGAUUUGUGGUUUUAA